AAAGAAGUUCAUCGACAGCAUGCUGAACACGGAGGCCAUGAAGAGCAUCGGCGUCAAGCCCUGGCACGUUACGUUCCCUCCGUGCGCCAAGGCAGGAAGUCAGUGGAGUGAGGAGUACAUCGCGUGCCUGUUCGAGAACUUCGCACAGACAGUGUGGCAUAUCUGUUGCACCGUGGCCAUGGGUGCGCACCCCGAGGCAGUGGUGGAUGAACGCCUGAGGGUCCGUGGCGAAGUAACGGGUCUGGGUGUGGCCGAUGCUUCUGUGAUGCCGGAAAUCGUGGCCGCCCACACAAACGGGCCGAGCAUGACGAUUGGCAGCAAAGCAGCAGCCGUGAUUAUAGAGGACUGCGCUGGAGUACAGUGAGACGUAGCAAGCGCUGUGAUAGGCUCACGACUGCGGCCGUGGAGCGACAAUGUCAUCGGUAGUCAUGAAAGUGCAUUUUUGGACACCGCGCAGAAAGGCAGCGUUGAAGCAAUCCCCACACGACGUCGAAAUAAAGAAAAUGUGUUGUCUACACUUGAAUGCAGCCGUUUUCUUUGCUAAAUAAAACUGGCUGGAAGAAUAAACCAGCCAUGAAGACGACAGACAAAG